GGGAAGCGACAGAUUGCACGAAUUGACCGUUAGAUAUAAGGCUGCGCAGGCCAGUGCAGGCAGUGGAGGAGGGACCGUGGGUGUCUGGGCAGCUAGCUGAUCUGCGGGCCUGCAGGGAAAGGACGCCGGACCCAGUCGCUUGCGCCUAGAGUUCAUCACUCCAAACCCACCCACCAAGGACACUGACCCUGUCCACUCCAGGCGAAUCGCGACCGUCCGGCUGGGUUUCCCCAAUUUGGGCCGACUUUGCGCCUCCAAACAACCUUAGCAUGAUGUCUUAUCUAAAGCAACCGCCUUACGCAGUCAAUGGGCUGAGUCUGACCACUUCGGGUAUGGACUUGCUACAUCCCUCAGUGGGCUACCCGGCCACUCCCCGGAAACAGCGGCGGGAGAGGACUACAUUCACCAGGGCACAACUUGACGUUUUGGAAGCUCUGUUUGCCAAGACCCGGUACCCAGACAUUUUUAUGCGGGAGGAGGUGGCGCUGAAAAUCAACUUGCCCGAGUCCAGGGUACAGGUAUGGUUUAAGAACCGAAGAGCUAAGUGCCGCCAACAACAGCAGCAACAACAGAAUGGAGGUCAAAAUAAAGUGAGACCUGCCAAAAAGAAGACCUCUCCAGCACGGGAAGUGAGUUCAGAGAGUGGAACAAGUGGCCAGUUCACUCCCCCCUCUAGUACCUCAGUCCCAACCAUUGCCAGCAGCAGCGCUCCUGUGUCUAUCUGGAGCCCAGCUUCUAUUUCCCCACUGUCAGAUCCCUUGUCCACCUCCUCCUCCUGCAUGCAGAGGUCCUAUCCUAUGACCUAUACUCAGGCUUCAGGUUAUAGUCAAGGAUAUGCUGGCUCAACUUCCUACUUUGGGGGCAUGGACUGUGGAUCUUAUUUGACCCCUAUGCAUCACCAGCUUCCUGGACCGGGGGCCACACUCAGUCCCAUGGGUACCAAUGCAGUUACCAGCCAUCUCAAUCAGUCCCCAGCUUCUCUUUCCACCCAGGGAUACGGAGCUUCAAGCUUGGGUUUUAACUCAACCACUGAUUGCUUGGAUUAUAAGGACCAAACUGCCUCCUGGAAGCUUAACUUCAAUGCUGACUGCUUGGAUUAUAAAGAUCAGACAUCCUCAUGGAAAUUCCAGGUUUUGUGAAGACCUGUAGAACCUAUUUUUGUGGGUGAUUUUUAAAUAUGCUGGGAUGGACAUUCCAGUUUUAGCCAGGCAUUGGUUAAAAGAGUUAGGCAGGGUGAUGCUCAGCUCCUCUGAUCAAAGUUUCCAAGAGGCAUAGAAGGAAAAAUGAAAGGCCUUAGAGGGGCCUGCCAACCAGCAACCUGAAAUGGACAAACCAAUCUUAAGAUUCUGUCAUAGUUCUAGAUCAUUGGUUUUCUGAUUUGCAAAUGAUUGAUCAAAUAUUCUAGUCACAUGCAACCAAACACCACUCAAAAUAAAGAUCAAACACAACUAAGUUGAGAGG